AAGGAAGCUGUCUUUGAUUGUUGAAGCAGGCUUACUGGACUGAUCGACCUUGUUUUACAAGUUGCUUGAAGCAGGCGGACAAAUACAGCCAUGAGACUUCUCUGUCUACUGCUGCUGGUCUGCUUGGCUAGUUGUAGUGAUUCCAGAUCGAGAGACUGGGCUCAUCAUGGUGCCCCCAUGUUUGCCGACCUCACAGUACGCGAGAUGAAAGCUGUCCGGGCUUACCUGCAUGGUAUCCCGGAGCUGGAGCUCACUGAUGCUCGCAGCAAGACCCUGAUGAAGAACAGCAUCCUCCUGAUGGAACUCCAUCUGCCAAGGAAGCAUGAAGCCCUGAGAGUUCUGGACCGGGGACAUUCCAAACCCCCACGUCAAGCCCGUGUGAUCAUCCAGCUGGGGAACCAGACCAAUCCUAACAUCACUGAGUACAUUGUCAGUCCUCUGCCAUCCCCAAACUCCCAUGAAGUCAAGACGUUCAAGGGGGGUAGGCCGAUCCGCUUUGAGUCAAGGCCUAUUACCAUUGCAGAGUAUGGCCAUUUAAAUAACAUCCUCGAGAAGAUCACAAACAAAGCUCACAAGCUUCUAUUUGAGACCACGGGAGGGUUUUCUUUCACUAACUGCUCUGACCGCUGCCUGAUAUUCUCAGACAUAGCCCCCCGUGGACUGGGUCCAGGUGAGAGAAGAACCUGGAUCAUGUUGCAGAAGUUUGUGGAGGGUUUUUUCAUCCACCCAGUUGGAUUUGAGGUACUGGUCAACCACUGGGACCUGGAUCCAGAAAAGUGGACUGUUGAGAAAGUCUGGUACAACAGCAUGUACUUUGACAGUGUUGAGGAUCUGGUAGAAAAGUAUGAAUCAGGAGGUGUGGAGAAGGUCAAACUGCCCGAUCAUGACGAUAGUGACCUCUACUCCACUUACAUCCCACGGGGUCAAAGCAGUACACCCACUAAUAUCCAUGGGCCGAAGCUCGUUGAGCCUCAGGGGCAUCGCUAUCACGUUGACGGUAACUUUGUUGAAUAUGCUGGAUGGUCUUUUGCCUACCGAGUCCGCUCAUCAGCUGGGCUUCAAGUCUUUGACCUCCGUUUUAAUGGAGAGAGGAUUGCCUAUGAGAUCAGUAUCCAAGAAGCUAUUGCCUUCUAUUCUGGUGAUACUCCUGCCGCCAUGCAAACAAAGUACAUCGACGCUGGCUGGGCAAUGGGAAGCUCAUCCUUUGAGCUGGCGCCUGGAAUCGACUGUCCAGAAAUUGCCACCUUUGUUGACCUUUACCACUACUUUGACACGGACAAACCUGUGCACUACAAAAAUGCGCUCUGCAUUUUUGAGAUGACCACUGCUAUGCCUUUGAGAAGGCAUUUCAACUCCAACUUUAAAGGAGGAUACAACUUCUACGGGGGGCUGGAAAACACUGUGCUGGUGCUGCGGACAACCUCGACGGUUUACAACUAUGAUUACAUCUGGGACUUUGUCUUCUACCAGAAUGGGGUGGUGGAGGUGAAGGUCAGCGCUACCGGAUACAUCCAUGCCACUUUCUUUACACCUAACGGACUUCACUAUGGUACCAAGGUGUACAACUAUGUGCUGGGAAACCUGCACACACACCUCAUCCAUUAUAAAGUGGACCUGGAUAUUGCUGGUCGAAAGAACAGCUUUGAGUCGUUGGAUCUGAAGUAUGUCAACUUCACAAAUCCCUGGAGCCCGAAGAAUUUCGUCGUCCAGUCCAAACUCCAGCGGACAGAGCACAAGACAGAGCGAUCUGCCACUUUCUCUUUUGGCAAAAUGUUCCCCCGCUAUGUGCACUUUUACAACCCCAAUGAGAAAAACAAAUGGGGAGACCAGAGGGGAUACCGCAUUCAGUUCAACUCACAUGCCCACAGUGUCCUUCCAAGAGGCUGGAGAGAGGAAAAAGGCAUCAGUUGGUCAAGGUAUCCUCUGGCUGUGACUCGUCAUAAAGACAGUGAAGCCACCAGCAGCAGCAUCUUCACCCAGAAUGACCCCUGGGAACCAGUCGUGUCUUUUGAGGACUACAUCAACAAGGAAGACAUAGUCAACCAGGAUCUGGUAGCCUGGGUGACGGUGGGCUUCCUGCAUGUGCCUCACUCAGAAGAUAUCCCCAACACGGCAACGCCCGGCAACGCGGUGGGCUUCUUCCUCCGGCCAUUCAACUUCUUCGACGAAGACCCUUCGGUGGCAUCCAGAAGCACCGUCAUUGUCCGGCCGGGACGGGACGGCAAACCCAAAGUCCAGAGAUGGACACCUGAGGUCAUAGGUCACUGUGUAACAGACAAGCCAUUCUUUUACAAUGGCACAUAUGCAGGAGUCUAAAGAAGUUUAGUUUGGGGGGGGGUGAAAUAUCAUCAUCUCAGAUUAAUAACAAUCACUUGAAGUAUAUUCGGUCAGAUUUACUCAAUGUGACAAACGUUUUAUUUUUAAAGAAAGAAAAUCCAUGAAAUAGAAAAACAUUCAAAUCAACAAGAACAUUUUAUAAAAGGUAAAACUCAUAAAUAAGUCUGUCAUAGUCAUAACUAAAAAUCUUUUUGUUAAUGUUAAAUUAUAGCUGCUGACGUUCUAAUUUGCGUAAUGCGUUGUACAUCAUACACAUUUCAAGUUAAUCUCAAUGUUAAUGUACCAAACACACACAGGGGGGAAGUGGAGGCGGUGUGGGUCACGGGGGGCCUCGAGGGCUGCUCUAAUCCCAUGUUGGGUCUCCAUGGCUGAGGUUUAGCAGCAGCGAGCAUCCAGGAUGCAGGAUGCUCUGUAUCCGCCCUGUGGUAAACUGCAGCUCCCUCAGCAUGCUCCUCUUGCCCCCACGGUGGGAAUGUUUUCCAUGGAAAGACAACAGGCCUUGCAGAGCAAACAGCCUGGUUCCGGAUCCUUCCCCGCAAACAGUCCAGGAUACCACCUGGCUGCCCCGUCGCCCCUGGAAACCUCACUUUAACAACAUGCAAUGUGACACAAUGUCCAGAAAAAUCAGCACAUGGUACGCUUUGUCCCUUAUGUACGCAUUCCUCACAUAGCAAUGCCACUUUACACUUCGCAACCCAAAGAUUUAAUAAGACGAAUAAACCUGUUUUCAUCAUA